AUGUCGAACGUUAAUUUUCCCAAAGUGGUGACCAUUACUGGGGCAGCUUCGGGAAUUGGACGAGCCACCGCGAAGCUCCUUACAGCCAAAGGCUAUAUUGUCUCGAUAGCGGACCGAAACUCGGAAGGGCUCGCUGAAACAUUCAAGUCUCUUCAGGACGCAGGACUACCCCAUGGCGUCAAGCACCUGGCUACCACCAUUGAUGUAACCAACAGUCAGCAGGUCAACGCUUGGAUCAACAAAACCCUGGAAGAAUACGGUCGAAUCGAUGCGGCGGCAAACAUUGCUGGAAUACUGUACGACGACAGAUUGUUGAAGGAUGAAACUGAUGAGCGAUUCAUGAACACGAUGAAUGUCAACGUCAAUGGUGUUUCCUACUGUCUGCGGGCUCAAAUCAAUGCCAUGGAAGACGGCUCGAGCAUAGUCAACGUUGCUAGCGUCGCAGCACACAGGGGAAUGGGCUUAGUUGGGGCUUAUUCCGCGAGUAAGCAUGCUGUGCUUGGCCUAACCAGAAGUGCGGCACGAGAAGCACCUGGCAUUCGCAUCAAUGCUGUUUCACCCGGAAGAACCACUACACCCAUGACUGACAGUGGCGACCCUGUCUGGGGUGACGGGCUAACCAGUCAACAAAUCAUGGUACGCAUGGCAGCGCCGAUCGAAAUAGCCAAAGUCAUUGCAUUCUGUCUCUCCGAUGAUGCCAGUUUCGUGACAGGUGCUACUUAUAUGGUUGAUGGCGGAUGGUGUGCCUGA